AUGGAAGUGGACGACAAUGAGUGUGAAUAUGUAUUUGAGCCCCACAUCACUGAGGAGCACAUAGAGACUCACUAUGGAAAUGUCCACUGCAUCAUGGUAGGAACUCCGAGGGCAAACCACCCUGUCCUCCUGACAUUUCAUGAUGUUGGACUCAACCACAAGUCCUGUUUUGAGACACUGUUCAACCACGAGGACAUGCGGGAAAUCAACAGCUAUUUGCCUGUUGUCCACGUUGAAGCACCAGGACAACAUGAGGGAGCCAAAACUCUGCCUUCUUCAUAUAUUUACCCUUCCAUGGACCAGCUAUCUGAAGCACUGCCCGCUGUCCUCAAACACUUUGGGUUGCGUAGAGUUAUUGGACUUGGAGUUGGAGCUGGAGCCUACAUCUUGGCUAAGUUCGCUCUGAAUCACCCAGAUCUGGUGGACGGAUUGGUUUUGAUCAACAUCAACCCCAGCGCUGAAGGAUUAAUUGAUUCUGUUGCAAGCAAGCUCACCGAAUGGACCCACACUCUCCCGGACACGGUCAUCGCACAUUUGUUUGGAAAGGAUGAGAUCGAGACCAACCAUGACCUCAUAGCUACUUACCGUCACAACAUCACAACAACGAUGAACCAGUCCAACUUGACUCAGUUUCUCCACUCCUACAACAACCGCAACGCUCUGGAGGUGGAGAGGCCUAUUCCUGGAGAAAACAUCAAUUUCAGGACCCUCAAGUGCUCCACCCUGCUGAUCGUAGGAGAUAAUUCUCCAGCUGUGGAGGCCGUGGUCGACUGCAACUCUAAACUCAACCCCACCGAGACCACUCUGCUCAAGAUGGCAGACUGUGGAGGACUUCCUCAGGUGGAUCAGCCAGCCAAAGUGAUUGAAGCCUUGAAAUAUUUCAUCCAGGGCAUGGGAUACUUGUCCAGUGUCAGCAUGACCAGACUUCGGUCACGGACGACCUCCAGCUCCAGCAUCACGUCCAUGGAUGGCCCUCGGAGCCGCGCACACACCAACGAGCUGCAGCAUGAACAUACACACUCACGCGGCACCGAAGAGAAGCGCGGGCGCUCACACACUGACACCCCAAUGGAGAGUAUGUCCAAAAGUAAUGUGGACCACAUUGUCUCAAAGUCCAGUGAAGUGGCAUGCUAG